ACAGUGUAGUUACAGUUUAUUUUGCAGCAUUUCAGAUUUUAGCGAGUAUAUUUCAACCUAUACAAUGUCACAUCUUAUAAGUUUUGCUCUAAUUUUAUGUAUUUGGUGCAGUCAUAACAUUUUUCUAAAAACUGAAAAAUAAUAUUUUUUUUUCUUUUUAUAAAUGUGCCCCAGAUAUUUUGUCUUUUUCUUUUAGCACAAUUCUUAUAUUGCCCAGAAGGGGCAGUGUUUCUCCACUUUUCUUAUGCCUCCACUUAAUGACGCUUCCUGUACGCCUGUGUCACAGACUAACAAUUAUACAUAAGAAAAAGGAAAAAUGCUGUAUACUGAUUGUGGAUUGCUUUCCAAGCUGUAACUGGUGGAUAGCCCCUAGGCACCUGCUCAAAAAGUCUUGCAUCUGUCAAUUAUCGGACUGAGGAGCCAAGCAACAGGACCUGAAGCAGCUGCCAUAGGAAGCCGUUCACACAUAUUCCACCUGCCAGCUCUAUCUCAAGCCUUGCUGCACGCAGCUCAGAGAGGCCAGCCUGUACACAGCUAAGCUUAUGGAGCACUGGAAGGAAUACUGGGUGCAAUGUGUCUAGUUUCUUGAAUCUUGCGCUCUUAUCCAAGGUAACUUCAGAUCUCUGAACAAACGUGAAUAAAACUUUAGCUGACUUGAUGAUACUUUGACUACACACUAUUCUUUACCACAAGUAAAAAAGAGAAAUUCUCUGUAGGUGCUUUAAUGCACUGUUUUACUCGGGGGUAUUGUUUCUCCUAGCAGAGGCUGCCAGCUGGCAUAGGGAGUCUUACAGGCAAUGUCUCCUGGGGGAAAGGAAGGCACCAGUGACUAUGUGACCUACAGAGCGACCUAUGGGACCCCUCCAGAGUCUCCCCCAUAUAAACCCUGGGAGGAGCUAGCUAGUGAGUUCCAUGCAUGCUGAGAAACAGUCAAGACCUAGAGAGAGUGUCUGGUGUCCUGAGGAGGCCUAAAGCCUACCACGGUGAACGUCAAAACCUGAUCACAAUAACACAAUGAUAGUUACUCCAGUAUACGAUGACUCUGAAGCCGUGGAGCUAAGCACAACUUACCAUCUUUAUCUUAAACCCAAGGCAAAGCUAAUCAUCUCGAUCAUACUUCCAGAAGAAACAGAACAAUGUAGGCCAAUAUCAAACAGGGACAUUUUGGAAGAACUGAAAAAUUUGGUAGCUCCAAACCAUUUCAGUUCUCUCAAGGUUUCCAAAACCACAAAAGAGUUUAUUAGAAUUGAAGGUGAAACAGACACUAAACAGCUGGCUCAGAAUUGUUUGGAAAAGCUCAAUGGGCAAAGCUUGCCAAUCAGUUGCCUGCCCCAACCAUUACUCAUGGGAGUAACCGAGGCACCUGUCGACCUUCCAUCCAAUGACAACACGAAGAAAUUACUAAACGAAAUACAAGCAGAUUUGGAGGACAAUGCAGAGAAUAACAUACCACCUUGUAUUCAUUUGGAGGGAUUGCCAUGCAAAUGGUUUUUCGCACUGGAUUUGAAUACAGAAAAGCCAAGUGAAGAAAUUUUGAGAAGCACUUUUGAAAAAUUUGGAAACAUUGUAAACAUUGACAUACCUAUGCUUGAUCCAUAUAGAGAGGAUAUUAAUGAAAACCAGUUGGGUCCUGGUGGUUUUCAACCUUUUGAUGCAUUCCUUCAGUAUGAAAAAAUGUCAAGCGCUAUAGAUGCAGUACAAACACUACAAGGGAUGAAGCUCAUGUUUACUUCAGAGGAUGGAAAAUCUUUGGCAUGUGAUAUUAAGAUAUCUGUUGACGAAACCAAUCACUUUGGAGAAGAGGCCAUAAACAAGAGGUCUGCUGACCGUCUCAAACUACAAGAGCUAGAGCAGCAGCGGAAACAAGAGAAAGAAAUGGAGGAGGCUGAAAGAAAAAGAAAACUUGAGGAAAGAAAGGCAAGAGCAAGGAAAAGAAGGGCCAGGCUGAAAAGGAAACUGCAGAAAGAGAGACGGCAGAAGGCGCUGCAGCAGCAGAAGGAGACUUGUCCUGAAGAAGAAGAAGAGGACACACAAGAAUGGCAGGAGAGGAAGUUGCUCCUUGCUCACAGGCGACUUGAGUCCAUACAGCUUCUUACAGCCAUCCUGGAUAAAGUUAAUGAUUUGGUUCAAGUCAAUAAACUUGAGGAAGAGCAGAUGAACUGUGAAUAUCUUGGACUGAGCGACUGUUCCGUGUCCACCUACUCAGAGAACAGUAAGGUUAUGUCUUUACCUGUCUCGGAUAAGGAGGAAAUCAAUCACCAUGAAAUAGGAAUUAGCACUGAAGACAAGGUUGAAAUUACAACAUCCAAGGAAGACACUGAGAAACACCAACAUGGACAAAGAAAGGACUCAAUGACUGAAAAUAGUUACCAGAACAUAGCUGAUCAGGAGCCAUACUUUAAAAAUGAAAGAUAUGAAGAGCAAGAUACACAAAGUACUUUUAACAGUCAACGGCUUUUUAAACUAUCAAAAGAUGAUCCCAUUAACCAACCUUCUAAAAAAAGGAAAAUAUAUGAAACUGAUGAAUUUAUAAACUACUUGUUAAAUUAUUACCAUUAUCCAGAGUAUGCAAGAUUAUUUUUAGAAACCAAAGAAAGUUCAAACAACCCAUGGUGCCGGAGAGUGGUGCGCUGUAAAGGAAACAGCUUCCAGGUAAAACUCCAGAACCUUAAUGGCCAUUUUGCAGAGAUGAACUUCAUGCCUGAGUUGGAAGAAACAGAAGAUGAAAAUGGUAAAUCAGAAGCCCCAGCUGAACAGUCAGAUGGAAAUCCACAAGUGCCUCUAGAUCAAAGGAAAGAUUCUACUGGUACUGAACCUUACAAACAUCUGGUUGAAAGUGAACAUGAGGUUCCGGUCCCGAGGAAAAAAACUGCAAAGCCAUGUAUGAGAAAGUCCUGUGAGCGGCCACAUAAAAAAAUGUGGGAUGAGGACAAUGAUAGCCUUAGCUCAGUACCCAACAGUGAACUAAAAGAAGUGCUGGAAGCGAUAAGUAGCACAUCAGAAUACUUUAGUGAGGAUCUCAGCGAAAUUUCAGGUAAACAAACUAAUAUCAGAAGAGCUUCAAGGAGGCAAAGAAGAAUUAAACAGCUCAAGAAAUUAAAACGCCACAAUAUUUCUUUGCAUUCUCAGUUCUGCCACCAUGAUGAUCUCUUAGACCACCUAUUACAUUCAUAUUGUCACCGAUUAAAAAAACAUUCAAAGUUUAAACUAACUCCUACACAGAGAAAAAAGCCCGCUUUACAUCAUCAAUAUGACUCUGAAACAAGUGAGCCUGAAUCAGACUUAGAGGCUGAGGUUCGGGCAACAUGCAAAAAAAAAAGACCAAGGUUAAAAAAUCGCGUUUACCUUUCAGAUGGCAAAAAAGUCAACAAGGAAAUGUUCUCAAGCCCUGAAAGUGAGAGCAGCUCAAGUGAUCCUUAUCCGCACAAAGGAAACAUCUGGCGACACCACCAUAAUAGCAAGCCAAAACGUAAGGCACCCAAGACAGAGGGUACAGAUUCUGAAAAGAAAACCUCGAAACAGUUGGACUACUGUUUUGCAGAAGAUGUUUCAGAGUCUAUUGAACAUGAAGAGUCACCAUGGGAUGCAGAGGAAACUCAGACUAGCGGUAGUCUAAGUUCUAGCCAUCAACCACCAGGAAACAAGAAGCCUAAAGGCCAAGCAAAACGUUCUUACUCCGAUUACUGGGAAUGGGAACAUCACUUCUAUAAGGGGGAUACAUGUAAAAGUUAGAAUUUAUACAUAUUCAGAAAAAUGUUCUAGUGCCUUAUUGUUUAAUACUAAUAUUAGCCAAAAACAAAAUAACACUGGACUGACUAAUGGUUCAUAAUUGUUGUGCAGUUGGUAGAAAAAGUUUAUGGUUAGCAUUUUUUUUUUAAAUAUGACCAAGCUGCCUGCAUCAAAAACAAACCUUUGCUUAUCUCUUGCACUUCCCUAGUGCCUCCAGUGUCGGUGCUCAUAGCCUCCGAUGCAAUCACUUAUCUGGUGCGUCACAUUGAAGCUCAGUGAACCGCUUGCCACAGCAGUGUUCUUCUUGGCUGAGCAGCAAUAUAACGUGUUGAACUCCGGCACCAGAAAGAGGAUUGCAUCGAAGACGCUAGCAGCAAUAGUGGAGAAGCGCUAGACAGGGCCGGAUUAA